CUCAGCCUUCUCCAGAAUUUCCAAAUUUCACUUUCUCGACAACAACACCACACCGAUCAACAAAUCAACAACCUCACCAUAACCCCUCACAACACUCCCACAAACAAAUACCAACAAUGGCGACCACCCCCCCAUCCAUCGCCAUCCCAGGCCAGCCCCUCGGCGCCUCAACCAAAUACAUCCCAGGCCCAGGAACGCACCUCCACCUCUCCCAAAUCCACGCCUCAAUCCUCGGACCCAUCCACCUCACCCACCCCCCCAAGCCCGUCGGUCCUCAAAAGCGUCUCACCAAGAUCACUCCCUCCGCGCCGACACCCCUGCCUACCAUCUCUGUCCUGCGCAGCCCGGCACUCGAUACCAAGCCCGGCGAGGUGCAGACGGCGAAGCGAGAGGCCAUUCCAGAGGUCAGCAGUAUUGUGCUGUGCCGCGUGACGAGGAUCACAGCGAGGCAGGCGAGUGUGGCGAUUCUAGUGGUGGGAGAGACGGUUGGUGAGGGGGAGUGGCAGGGCGUUGUGAGGGUUCAGGAUGUGCGUGCUACGGAGAAGGAUAGGGUGAAGAUUGCGGAGAGCUUCAGACCGGGGGAUGUGGUUAGGGCUAUUGUGAUCUCCCUCGGCGAUCAGUCAAACUACUACCUCUCCACCGCCCGAAACGACCUCGGCGUCCUCAUGGCCACCAGCGACGCCGGCAACGCCAUGCACCCCGUCAGCUGGCGCGAGUACCGCGACCCCGUGACCGGCACCAGUGAGCUGCGCAAGGGACAAACAAUCGCAUGUGACACCAAGCCCAUCAUCGAGCUUGGCAGCAUCACGCCGCCGGUCCGAGAAACCACACCCUACUGCGUACUCUCACUCCUCUCAGCCGUCUCAGCGGCGAGGGCUUCCACCGGCUCCCCCCCCGACGUGACCGCUCCGCCGCCCAAAGACCGCUCUAGAACUACCGACCCCCAUGCCGUGCGCGAUAGGGGUGUGGACCCAGUGGACCCCCCCCUCGCCUCGUCGUCCGUGCGUCCGGGGAGGUAA